AUUUGUCUGUCGAAUACAGUGUGUUUGGGAACAAAAAGAGAAUGCGCUUGCGUUGAAGGACAGCAAAUCGUCGCCCUUCUUUAAGAUUCGUGUUGUGUAACAAUUUGAAUGGAUCUGAAUCAGUUGGAGUUUUCGAACCACGUUUCCUACCAGACAAAUGGAUUUGUUCCAGCCCAAGCCAUACCGGAAGGUAAAAAUUUCCUUCCUGGAUCAAAUGCGGUGAUGGACCACGGACAGUGUUGCACCUCUCAUGACGUCCCCCGUGAGACAUAUGAAUGUCCGGAAUCGUUUCAUGCGAUGAACUACGCGGAACAUACCUUGAAUCAUGCAGGGUCACUCCCCGUAAUGCCUGAGAAGAAAAAUCAUGCUGUACCGCUUGCGAUGAGCGACUCUUCUACCGGCAUUGAGCAAGGAACGCAGGAACUUGUGUUGGAGCCGGAUGGCAUUCAGUCCGUACUUCCUGCACCGAUUCUUCCCGAUAUUACGUUACCGGAGAAAACCACCAAGCCUGAUUUACUUUCUCGUGAUGAUCAGAGUUCCGAAUCCGUGUUCGAAUCAUCAGCGUUGUUGGAUCUGAACCUCGAACCGCCAACAUUAGGCAGAGAGGAAGUAGACGAAGCUGCUGCGCUUGCAAGUGUAUUCGCGAGUAUUCCUGACGUGGCCAUGACCAGUAUGAAAUCCGUGCCUGAACAAGCGCAUGUUGAACCUGUUCCUGAAGCCGCAAGUUGUGGAGAGCAAAUUGAAUUGUUGGUCGGCUUGGAGUCAUUACACUUGAGCCAUUCUGAAGAGCCUGAAAAUGUCGUCCCUGUUCUAUCGACUAUGGAUGAGAACGUGGUUGAUGAAACUUUCGAGGAAGAUCUUAGCACACGUAUAGAUCUUGUGCUUUGUUCGAAUGAACCUCCAGCAUUUCCAGUCAGUUGUCAGGAAUCGACG